AUCCUAACCUAACCUCAAUUAAAUCAAUACAGUAGAGAGGAGUAAAAACCAAAGGGUUGAUUCUUUUGUAUUUGUAAUAUGAAUUCUGAUGAACUACCAGAGCUGAGGUAUAUUCAUGAAAAAGAAUCCGACACAGAAGUAACUUUAAGAAUUAUUUUUGACGCUGUCAUAAGCGGAAUCACUUUAGAAGUUAAUCGUAAGCACUUGGAAUCAAUUAUUAAUAAGGAACUGAAUAUUGAGACAAAUGAAUUAGAUAUAAGACUGACUAAAGUGUUGUGCGAAGCUGUAGUUUAUUAUGUCGGUAUAUGGACAGAUUGGGAGCAUCGUAAUCAACACCACGAUGUUUGGUUUAAACGUUUUUGUGAAUACCUCACGGUUAAAACUAACUACAUCAUAAAAAAUUCCACAGAGUUUAUUGAAGACAAUGGUGAUGUUGUGGAAAAAGAGACGCAAACGAAUAAGAUUGAUAGGCAAAAGGAACUUGCGCCAUAUAAUAUUGUGGUUGGUGGACCUCCAGCAGUUUUAAAUAAUCUUAUAUUUACAAUGUACAAUGGAAGUAUCGUAAUAAAACAGCAUAUACCGAAGCCGUGGAAAGAUUUAAAAUUACCUCAAUUCUUAAACUGGCCGUAUGUUACCACAGAAGUGAAACUACCCGAUAUUUCAAUAACGAGGGCCAAUCAACACCAAAUAAGCCGUUUCAUAGCUUUAGAAGGGAUCCCGCUAAUGCGUCCGCACUUCGAUCGUAUCAAUCACAUUACUCGGAUACCCGAGAAAGCCGAAAAUGAGUUUAAGCCUUACUCGUAUUCGUACUUUUCACACUACUUUGGUCAGCUAAAUGCGAUCUUACAAACAUUACCACAUGGUAAUAGGCAACGUUUAGUCGAGCUGGCUGCGAUAUUUACGGAAUUCUUAAAAGACAUCAAAGAGAUGAAGCUUUAUAAGUCGACGAUGUCACCAUAUGUAACUGUAGGUUUUAAUAUUGGAAAGUGCCGAUAUAUUCGUAGUAAAAAAAUGGUUAAUUCUGCUGCACAGUAUGUACAAUCGUCUGCAUGUGUGAAGAAGGGUGUCCAACGACAAGUGAGUUGAUAUCUGGGAAACUUUAGAUCUCGGCACUGGGACCUGGUAGAUGGAUGCGGUUUUUUUUUAUUUAGUAGAUUUCAACAGAUACUUACGGUGGGUCAAAAGCAAAGUUUCCAAUUUCAGAUGCUUUACGUAAGCGUCUAUGUAGAUAACUUGAAGCUGUUUCUUACUAUUUGGUGAAUUUGUCAACCUCAAAUUUGAUACUGUCCUCAUAGGAAUACCAGUUCGUAAGUUGAGGGACCCUGACAGUUAGGUACUGUUUGUCUCCAUGGACGUUUCACUUCAAACCAAAUGUAUUUAGGAUCCGACAGUGAAGCGCGUGCGUAAUAUCUAGCACAUCCUGACUAAUUUUAUUGACAAAGGUGGCUACUCUGCCCCUCUUUUUCUUUCGUAAAUGCGCCUCGAUAACCACAGUCUAGUAACUAAAUUGUCCCUACGAUCCUACCUAAUCAUUACCAACCUAGCUAAAUUUUAAUACAUUGCUGUGUGACCCACACAAAAAUACUGAAAUGAAAACGCCAUGUGUAACACUAAAAAAAUAAAUGAGACCUAUCCCACUAUUAGUUACUGAAAAGGACUUCUACAGGCCACAAAUAUUAGAUUUACAAACAAUUUUUAAAACACAAUUGGCUUCCUCAAAUUACAAGAGACUCUAAAUUCACUACAUUCGUAAACACACGUGACAAAACUUUACAUUUUUACACAGGUGACCAGUUUUGCAAUGGGCGGCUACCUGCGACUGUUUUUAUACUAGACGACGUCUACCGGAAUUAUUUUCUUAAUUAAGGAUAUUACUCAGACAGUACUACUGUUCUGGUUAUCAUGUUCCUACUGGUUACAUUCACGCACGCCAAUUGUCUUUUUAAUAAUAAUGAUUACCUUUUUU